GAUCCUCUCUGCUCUUCUCCCUCCCCCUCCCCCAUGGGCAGUGGCGCCGACUGACCGACAGAAGCAGGUGCUUUGGAGGUGGGGGCGGUGCCAGCAGCCAAGGGGUUAAUGGUCCUGGCAGGGGCUCGGUGGAUCGCAAGGGUCAGAUGUCCCUCCUGGAUAGGGACAGGCACAGGCACGCAAGCUGCUAUUCCGGGGCUCUGAUCACGGUCACCUAUUUAUAGAGCUGGGGGGGCCUCGGCCCUCCCCACACAGGCGGUGGAGAGGCUGCUCUGCUGCAAUGUCACCAGCGUCACUGCCACUGCAGCCUGCUGGCAUCUGCCGCUGCUGCAGGCUCCGGGGCCACCAGGCACUGUGUGAAGCAGAGACGCGGCCGGCCACAUGGGCAGCACCAUGGAGCCCCCCGGGGGUGGGUACCUGCACCUGGGCGCUGUGACAUCGCCAGUGGGCACAGCCCGUGUGCUGCAGCUGGCCUUUGGCUGCACCACCUUCAGCCUGGUGGCCCACCGAGGCGGCUUCGAUGGCGUCCAGGGCACCUUCUGCAUGGCCGCCUGGGGCUUCUGCUUCGCGCUCUCGGUCCUGGUGGUGGCUUGUGAGUUCACCCGGCUGCACAGCUGCCUGCGCCUGUCUUGGGGAAACUUCACAGCAGCCUUUGCCAUGCUGGCCACGCUGCUGUCCGCCACAGCUGCGGUCAUCUACCCACUGUACUUCACCCAGCUGGAGUGCCCACCCGAGCCCGCGGGCUGCACAGCCAGGGACUUCCGCCUAGCAGCCAGCAUCUUCGCCGGGCUCCUCUUCCUGGCCUAUGCCACGGAGGUGGCCCUGACCCGGGCCCGGCCAGGCCAGGUGGCCAGCUACAUGGCCACAGUGUCGGGACUCCUCAAGAUCGUCCAGGCCUUUGUGGCCUGCAUCAUAUUUGGGGCGCUGGUCCAUGACAGCCGCUACGGGCGCUACGUGGCCACCCAGUGGUGUGUGGCUGUCUACAGCCUGUGCUUCCUGGCCACAGUGGCCGUGGUGGCCCUGAGCGUGAUGGGCCACACGGGGGGCCUGGGCUGCCCCUUCGACCGUGUAGUGGUGGUGUACACCUUCCUGGCUGUGCUCCUCUACCUCAGCGCUGCAGUGAUCUGGCCCGUCUUCUGCUUCGACCCCAAGUACGGUGAGCCUGGGCGCCCCCCCGACUGCCUGAGGGGCAGCUGCCCCUGGGACAGCCAGCUGGUGGUGGCCACCUUCACCUAUGUCAACCUGCUCCUCUACAUCGCCGACCUGGCCUACUCCCAGAGGAUCCGCUUCGUGCCUACCUUGUAG